AUGAAGAACACGGAUGUUUUAUAUUGGAGAGAUAUAUUAGGUACUUCAGCAUCAAUAUGGACCAUUUUACAAAUGCUCUCUCCAGUUCCUACUUGUUAUUAUUUUAUAAGAAAAAAAACUGUUGGAGAUAUGAUAGUGACUCCAUAUGCUGUUGCUCUCACUUCAUGCACUUUAUGGUUGAUUUAUGGUAUUAUAAUUAACGAUUAUACAAUUGUUAAAGUUAACACAAUCGGAGCAACAUUACAAUUUAGUUAUACAUUUUGUUAUUACAUUCAUUGCACAAAAAAAAAUGAUGUGAGAAAACAAUUAGGAAUUGGUUUUCUAACAAUAGUAACUGCAUUUUUUUAUAGCAUGAAUGAAAAAAAUAUGAGUAGAUUAGUCACAGUUUUCGGUUUAUUGUGCAGUAUAGUAACUGUUUUAUUUUUUGUAUCACCCUUGGCAAACAUGCGUUACGUUAUAAGAGUUUGGAACAGUGAAAGUCUUCCUCGUUUAUUGAUUGCUACAACAUUUAUUGUUUCGUUACAAUGGUUUCUCUAUGGAUACAUAACCAAUGAUGGUUACAUAAUGAUAACAAAUUUUUUAGGGACUCUUUUAUCAAGUUUGCAAUUGGCUAUGAUGUUUAUAAUACCCAGGGAUUCAAGUGUCAAAUAUGUAUCAACAGUUUAA